ACAGUGCAGAGGAAGCAAUGAAUGGAGGAGAGAGAGAAAGGGAAGCAAGGAAGGGAAAGGAGGGCAGGCAGGCCGGGAAAAUGGGGCAGGGGGGGAGUCAGAGGGCCAGGAGCGAGUCAGAGAUGGCAGAAAGAGGACCCCCCCACGCCCAGGGCCAAAUGGGGAGUGACCUUCCCCCAACAUGCAGAGCUGCCGCCAGCAUCUCUUUUGCCACAAUUCACACGUGAUUGGUGCAGGAUGUGGGGCUGCUUGUUCCAAACACACGUGAACUGGAGCAAAAGAGGCACCACCCGCACCACACAUGGGAGAAUGACACCGAGAGAGGCUCUCUGUGCUGCGCAGGAAAAGUGUCCCACAUGGAGUAGCCCAGAACUAGGGGAGGAAGGAGGCCCCGAGGAGUGAGAGGAGUGGCAGUGACAUGAGAAGUGGAGAAGGCAAAGAGGGUGCCUGUGGAGAGAGCCCAAUGAAGCCAUGGUGGGACUGGAGACAGAGAGGGGGAGAGAAGGGGAGCAGAAGAAGCAGCAGAAGCAGCAGAAGAGAAAGGCGGUGGAGCAGCGAAGAGAAGGACCAGAGUGCAAGAAAGGGGGGGGCUAGAGGAAGGGGAGAACGAGGGAUAGUGGUCGAGGAGAAAUGGACGAAGGGUGGGAAUGAACAGGGAGAGGAGAAGGAAGAAGAGAAAGGGACGGCGGCAGGAGAAGAGAGCAUGUCCCGGGGGAGGGGGAGAGCGAACCCCGGCGCUGCGCCGCGGGCUCUCCCUCUGCCAACUCCUGCCUCUUCCUCCUCCUCCUCCUCCCGCCCCGUCGAGAGAGAGAGAGAGAGAGAAAGAGAGAGAGCCAGCCCGCCCUCCCUCCCCCCUCCCCCCCGGGGGGCGCAAAGGAGGAGGAGGGGCCGGGAUGACGCCUCGGCCCCUGAUUUGACACCUGCCCAGCGCCGGGGGCGGCCCCCCCGCCUCGGCCCGCGCCCCCGAUGCUCAGCUCAGUGUGCGUCUCCUCCUUCCGCGGGCGCAAGUCUGGGAACAAGCCGCCGUCCAAGUCAUGUUUGAAAGGGGAGAUGGGCCGGAACGAAGACAACGACAAGAUCGUCAUCAACGUGGGGGGCCUCCGGCAUGAGACGUACCGCAGCACCCUCAAGACCCUGCCGGGCACGCGGCUCUCGUGGCUCACCGAGCCGGACGCCUGCAGCAACUUCGACUACGACCCCAAAGCCGACGAGUUCUUCUUCGACCGGCACCCGCAGGUCUUCGCCUACGUCCUCAACUACUACCGCACCGGCAAGCUCCACUGCCCGGCCGACGUGUGCGGGCCCCUCUUCGAGGAGGAGCUGGCCUUCUGGGGCAUCGACGAGACCGACGUGGAGGCCUGUUGCUGGAUGAACUACCGGCAGCACCGCGACGCCGAGGAGGCCCUGGACAGCUUCGAGACCCCCGAGAGCCAGGAGGAUGAGGACAACGGCGACCUCAAGCGCCUCUGCCUCCAGGAGGACGGCCGCAAACUGGGCUGGUGGUCCAAUAUGCAGCCCAAGGUCUGGGCGCUCUUCGAGGACCCCUACUCCUCCAAGAUGGCCAGGUAUGUGGCCUUCGCCUCCCUCUUCUUCAUCCUCAUCUCCAUCACCACCUUCUGCCUGGAGACCCACGAGGCCUUCAACCACAUCGUCAACAAGACAGAGAUCAUACAGUCCGAGAAUGGGACCGACGUAAAGGAGGACUUGGAGAUGGAGACAGAGCCUUUCCUCACCUAUGUGGAAGGGAUGUGCGUCAUCUGGUUCACGUUUGAGUUUCUCAUGCGCGUCCUGUUCUGCCCAGACAAGCUGGAGUUCAUCAAGAGCACCCUCAACAUCAUCGACUUUGUGGCCAUCCUGCCCUUCUACCUGGAGGUGGGUCUCAGCGGCCUCUCGUCCAAAGCAGCUAAGGACGUGCUGGGUUUCCUGAGGGUAGUCAGGUUCGUCCGGAUCCUGAGGAUCUUCAAGCUGACCAGACAUUUCGUGGGGCUGAGAGUCCUGGGCCACACGCUGAGGGCCAGCACCAAUGAGUUCUUGCUCCUCAUCAUCUUCUUGGCCCUGGGGGUCUUGAUCUUUGCCACCAUGAUCUACUAUGCCGAAAGGAUCGGGGCUGACCCGGACGACAUCACGGGCAGCAAGCACACCGUCUUCAAAAACAUCCCCAUUGGGUUCUGGUGGGCGGUGGUGACCAUGACGACUUUGGGCUAUGGUGACAUGUACCCCGAGACUUGGUCAGGCAUGCUGGUGGGAGCACUGUGCGCCUUGGCCGGCGUGUUGACCAUCGCUAUGCCCGUGCCAGUCAUUGUCAACAACUUUGGCAUGUAUUAUUCGCUGGCCAUGGCCAAGCAGAAACUACCAAAGAAAAAGAACAAGCACAUCCCACGAGCCCCACAGCCUGGGUCGCCCAACUACUGCAAACCGGACAUGCAGUCUCCCCAUCGCAGCAAUCAGGGCGAUUCUUGCCCCCUGGCGCAAGAGGAGAUCAUCGAGAUCAACAGAGCAGAUUCCAAGCAAAAUGGUGAUGCAGCGAAUGCAGCCUUGGCCAAUGAGGACUGCCCCACCAUUGACCAGGCCCUGUCACCUGAAGAGAAGUCACCUGUUACACCUGGAGGCCGGGAGCGCUACAACCGUGACCGAGCCUGCUUCCUCCUCUCCACAGGUGAUUUUGGGCAGUCACCUGAUGGGAACAUCCGAAAAGCACUCCCUGCAGGCUAUGAGAAGUCCCACAGCCUGAACAGCAUUGCUGGACUGCGCCUGUCUCCGGCGCCCACUCCCUUCGGCUCACCCGGUUCCGUCCGACGUCCCCGCUCGCCCAUCCCUUCCAUCCUAUAGAGACACAUGAGGGAUGCUUGGGGUUAGCUUGUAUGUUUGUUUCUUUUUUAAAAAACAGAAGAAAAAGGGGGGAAAAUAGGGUAAUGCCAAAAAAAAAAAAAAGGAAAAAGAAAACAAAGCAGCCAAAUGCACUGGAAGAACAAAUGAAAUGCAGGAGGCAUCUCACAGGUGGUGUUGCACUAAAGUUUGCACUUUCUGGAGCGUCCAUGAGAUUCCCAAGGCCUGAAGCCUUCUGUCCCUGUGGUUCUGGGUCAGAAGUGGGGCUUAAAGUUUAUUGCAGGGAGGGUGUGUGGGGAAGGCUGGCUUGCUAUGAAAAUCCAAAUGCUCCCACAAGGAGGAGGAGGUGGAGGUUGGUGAGAGACAAAGGCUGCAGGAAGGGGCCCAAGGCCCUCCUGCCUGGGUUGCCUGCACUUCUCCCCCUCUUCAGCUUCACUGGACUGCACGAUAUUUCUCUGGCCCUGGCUUUGCGCUUUAUCUCUCUCUGUUUAAUGCUGUUUCCCUCAUCAUCAUCUUACUCAGGACUGUAACGAGCCAUAGAGCUUAGUAUGAACCUCCUUGGACUCUUUUUUCUCUUCCUUCCCUUCAUCAGUUAGAUGUCUCUCGGUCUACAUGCCGUAAUCUAUGUUCAGUCCAUCUAUCCUUCUCUUAUCUGUUUGCCUGCCUACCUUUCCCCAUAAAAUAUCCAUCCCUACUGUAGACAUCUGUUCAGUCUAUCUCUAGUUAUCUCUCUCUCUUUCUCUCCGUACUUAUUUACUGAGCUAUUCUAGUUCUUUGAACACACGGACACUCCAUGGUCUCCUUGGGGAAGGCCACCCCACCCAUCUGCCUUGGGCCUUCUCCCUUUCCUUGGAAUUGUUCUUCUCUUUUGUGCAUGGAUCUUCCAUCAAUCACAAGCAAUAAGGUCAAGCGUUCCCUUCUGCCUGGAUGCAUGAUAAUGACUUUCCUAUGAUGUAGAUAUUCCAAGAACAAUCAAGUUCCUACAGAUGAAGGAGCUGAGGGCAGGCAUAGAGAACGGCAUGCGGUUGGGAGCAGAAAAUUCCAGCGUCCAACUAAGUCUGAAGGAGAAAGCCUUCUUUCUUCGCCUCUCUCUCUCUUCCUUUCUUCUGUUUUGUUUCAUUUUUCUUUUUCCCCGCACACAGAAAACGACAAUGGAGCACCUCUUGUUGAAGUGGAUGCUUACACUGUGAUUUUUUUCACUGUUUCCAUCCAUACCUGGGAUGAGAUAGCGUUUUGAUCUGAUUGCGCAAAAAAAAAACAAAGUGGGGGGGGAGGUGAAGAAACAAAGAGACUCAAACAACAAUGAAAUGCAGGAAACAAAUUAAACCUAUUUUUCAUCAGAAAAAAAAACAUAUAUAGAACAACAGGAUCAGAACAUUUGCCGGCGACCAUGUGGGGAAAGAAACAUCUCCUAAUCUUCUGGAGCAGCAAAGUAUGGGACAUGUUAUCCAACAGCAGAGUACAGAACACAUUUUUCAAAGCGACACUGCUGGGACAGACAAACAGAAAGUGUAAGGAAUAGCGCCGCCAAGCUAAACUAUUUAGAGUCUGCAUUUUCCAAGCCAGCAUGUAUUUGCAUGUAAUACUGUAAGCGACGAUAUUUAAUGUUAUAUGCAAAAACAAAAGAAAACAAAAUGACAAAAAAAAGAGAACAACUACAAAACAACUACAAAAAAAAAGAGGUAUAUUUUCCUUCUGGACUUGCAAUCCCCUGCAACAAAAAAAUCACCAAAUUUAGCCAGUGCCCCCUCCCCUGACUUGUUCCCAUCCUGCAAGGGGGUUGGAAGCACCGCACAUUGUAGGAGCUUGGUGUAUCCUAAAGGGCUUUUUUCUUUCCUGAGAGUGGGGUCCUAGAUGACUAAGAUGCUGGCAGGGAGAGCAGAAUCCAACAGCCUCCUGAUUGCCAAACAUUUUCCUAGAAUCCAGAACAAUGCAAGGGGGAGGAGUAUGGUGUGUGCACUAGCAAUUCAUACAGUGAUCUCCAGAGAAGAGGGCAGCAGGACUAGUGCUCUCUUAUGUGGAUGUUCCAAGACUGGAUUGGAGAGGAGUACAAAAGGCAAUGAUUUUGACAGAUGCCAGACUGGAGACAGGAACUGAGAGAUAGUCUCCUCCAGUCUUACCGUAUGUGGCGGUGUCCUCUCUAUUUAAUGUAGUUCAGUGGAGGAACUGUUUCAUCAGAGGGGCAACAUACAAGUGGCACCUUCGCUUUGUAAGCUUUCUCUUUCAUGGAGGCUGCCAAUCUUCAGAGCCUUAGCUUCCAUUAAGAACAGUUUUCCUAGCAAUUAGUAGCUGUAGGAAACAGGGGUGGGGGAUCCAAAUGCUUAUGGCACCAAUCUGAUUCAUCCUUUUAAAAAUGAGUGAUCAGUUUUACAGAUUUGCACAACUCCAGUUUUUCAGUGAAAGCACCUUAUGAGGAAUGCAAAACCAAAUGUUUUGUCAAGAAGCCCAGGAACUGAAGAAGGAACUAUUGGGAGGUACAUUGGUUCCUUAUAGUUUUUAAAGACAAUUUGUAAACAAAAUCUAAAGUAUAUGGAAGCUGCUCUGAAAAUUGGUUAAGCCAAUGGUGGAUGCUAUGAAUAGGCAGGGUGACUGUUUGGCAGGUGAAAAUGUAUGUUUUGCCUGAAAGUGAGCAUAGGGAGAGAAUUGUGCAUAGCCUGUGAAAGCUGUUUGGUAUGUCUGGAGCAUAAUUUCAUAUUCCACGGCAGUCUGAAAGGUAGCCGUUUAGGGCCAGUUCUCAUGAGCAGCUGAAGCGUUGGCUAGUUGUUCUUUUCCGUUGAUUCUCGUGUCUCUCCCUGAACAGGUCUUUCGUUCACAUGGUAAAAGCAUUCAUAUCCUUGAUGUCUGAUGUGGGCUAGCCAGGGUCGCACAAAAACAAGCGAUGACACAGUUAUGAAACACCAACAGGAAGGCACUGGCCAAACUGAUUUUCCCAUUAAGCAUCAUGUAGGUUCAUGUCAAGUCUGUGAGCACUGCUCAAUGCAUCACAUCUUUGGCAGCAGCCGAUUGGCUUCUUAGCCUCAUGUGGCACAGAGCUGGUUAUGUCAGUUAAAUAUUGACCUUAAAGGUCAUAGAGACCUUGUUGUCAUUAAACUUACCAACACUGGUAACUGCAUGUCAUUGCAGUGGCCAUGUGAAUCAGCUCUCAGAGAGCUACUAGUAAGUGAUAUUGUAUAGUUCCCUAGAAGCACUUCCCUUUACAAUGCAAGUUUGAUAAAACAUUUUAUUUUGUUGGUGCAUUUAUUUUAUUUACAUUAAUUUUACCCUGCCUUUCUGUCCCACCAAUAGGGCCGCUCAGUAGCUAACACUGCAAAAAUGUGACAAUGUGAUUGACAAAAUUAAAGCAAAAAUAACAACGGCAGAUAAAAAAAAGUUAUAGCAUGAAGUACUUUUCUCUUAUGCUGGCCAUCCUGGAGCAAACUUGUUUUGUUCAGACAGUGAAUGGUAAAACCAUUUCAUAAACCCAUUUAUAGCAAAUGAUUACUAAUUUUUGACUGAUAGAAAGAACUACUCAUAGUUAACAUUUAAGCAAGAAAUCCUCUUACAUCUUCCAUACUUUGGUUCUCUCAGUUUCUAGAGGACGUUCAAGACCUGAACUUAUGCAAUAGCAGUUGAAAUAACCUACUUCCUGCUGGUCAAGUUAUUGCCAGAUUUAUAAGUCAGCACCCAUAAACACUAUAGUGGGUUUAUUUACCAAUAUAGUAGAAAGCUGUGUUGAAAAUUAGGAUUGUAAGGCAAGGAUUGAGGAAGGAUACUAAUCGAGAAAGAAAUGGGGAGGAGGAUAGUAGAGACAGAGAUUCUGCAAUAGUGAAGGCUUUUUUCUUGUCCAAGUCGCUGAGUAGCAAGAAUUUAUCACCGGCCAGAUUUGUAGAAGGGGUUACUUUGUACUGAAGAGUAUGUUGAUAAUGAAAAUGAAAGUACCCAUUGUUUAUUUUAAUACACAUAAACAUAUGUGUAGAAAAUACAACAGAGGGGCUUCUGGAUUGGUCUUGUGGUGUGAGAAUUCAGUAAACAGGAGAUGCAGUGGCAAUCAUGUUAGCUCUAUACCUAUGUGACAAAUGUAGAUUGGUUUUAUGCCAGUAUAAUGCUCAUGGCCUGCUCCCCACAGCAAAUCCUGGGAAGUACAAUUUGAUGUGAGGAUGCUGGAAAACAUAUGUUGGAGGUUUCUACAAACCUCCUCCCUGCCUCAAAGAACUAGUUCCUAGGAUUUCCUGGAAAGAACCAAUCAACAUUAAACCAGUUUAGGUCUGUAGUGUAGACACACCCUAAGACUGUAAAGUAGCCACUGGGCAACUGCCAUUUUGUUGACUGAAUUAAACCAGCACAAAAUUGGUUCCAAUAACCUCCCAUUAAAGAUGGAGUGUGUACCUCUCUCGCUCUCUCACACACACACCACAAUAUGCAGUUCAGUUUGUUGUACCUUGGAAUCCAAGAUGUUUGUGAAAGGAUUUGCGGACAAAUGACAAAAUACGGAAUAGCUUUUGUCAGUCUGUUGAUGUUGAUGGUAUUCAUUGUGAUUCUGGUUGCUCUUUUCUUAAUAUUUAGGAAUUUGUUGUGUUGAUUAUGUGCUAGCAUAGGGACGGUUUACUUCAUUAAGGACAAUCUAGGUUAUCCUUCUACCAAUAAAGCCUUUCAGUGGCUUUGGUCCAGCAAAGAUGAAAAUUCUGUUGAAAUUUCUGCUGAAAUCAAGAGGAGCCUUUCCCCAAGUAAAUGUUGCAAGUCAGGAUUAUAUUUUGUGGCUCCUGGGUUUGGGUAAGGUCUUACAAUUGCUGACAAAGCUUUCUCAUCUUCAACAGCAGCAGCAGCAGCAUGUGAUUGACUUCUCAGCAUCAUAUAUCAUAAAAAUGGUUCUGUCAGUGGAAUGAUAAGUCACACCGAGGCCCUGUUGUGCUGAUCAGGGACGACUGUAAGUCCAAGUUCUCACUGAGGGUGUCAGUGUCUUGGCUGUACCAUUUCAGGAUGCAGGUGGGGGCUCAAAGAACUGAAUGUUGCUCCGUGCAAAAAAAUUCGCUCCACAUAGAAAACAGAACGUCAGGAAGACGGUUCUAGCCAAGGAUUUCCCCUGACACUCAUUUUCUAUGUGCAGGAGUUUUAUUUGUUUUAAUGGAUGAGCUUUAAUGGAUCUGUGCCCUUUCCUGUAAUCGGGAAUGCUACAACAGUGAGAUCUAAGAUCCUUUGGAAGGUUCUGAGAGGCAGGAAUCUGAAGGACCAUUGAGCUCAGUUGUACCUUAUAGCUUCAUGUACAGAUGUACCUUAUCACUCUCAUAGACUUUGGUCAGGAAAUAAGGCCCCUUCAAGAAGGGAAGAAGGGAUUUGGAGCCAGCGUCUGAGCCUACACUCACUAAAAUGACCUGCUAACAAGUUUCUCUACAUCUUUUGUGUUCCUAAGUUGCCUGUAGUUUGCCAGAUUUGACCCAGGAUGUUCAGGUUUUAUUGUAAGUUUUGUUUAAACCUCUUUGAGAGAAAGAGCUUUAUGUCUGAAGGAUAGGGCUCCAACUCAGCUGAUCUGUGAACAUGAGGAAUUAGUACCUGUGUUACAAGUGCAGUCCUACUCCUUAGCAUAGAUUAGGACAAUUCUCCUUGUGUUAAUGAAAGCACAUGUAUUGGCCUAGGGGGUUGUGCAGAAUUAGCCUUUUCACUUGGAAACACAUUUUUCUCCCUUUACAUUUUCAUAAGAGCUUUCUGCACCCCUGCAAAACCAUCAGAUGGCCUACCACUCCUACUCGGAAACUCAUCCAUCUCAUACACUAUGCAAACUUUCUCCCAUGUUAGUGGAGGCCCAUACAAUCCCCAGUCCUUCCCCAAAAUCCCAUCCAACCUCAGUCCUAUCACUCUCCUCCCCAGAUGAUGGAAGCUCUUUAUGCAACGAUUCCUAUGCAAAAACAUAAAUAAAUAAAAUUCAAUAGCUGGCUAGAUUUAGGAGGGUGAUUGGGAGCCCCUCUCCCCAAGCAAAAUUGGGAGCAGGGGAUGGGGAGUUGCUUAAUGCAAACUCUUGUAUACAAUUUCCCCCCUUUGCGGUGCAUUCUCCUCCUACCCACUUCCGGGGUGGGAAAAUGGGGGCAGUUGUUAAGUCGGUCAUAUUGACCAAGGUUUCUCUUUGAAGGGCACACAGAGUCCCACAAUAAGUCCAUGAAGUGUCUUGUUGUGUAACGGAAGAUUAAGGGGGCGGGGAGGCAUUUUAUGGAAGGGAUACUAUCAGCUAAGGCUGUGAUCCUAUGGACGCUUACAGGGGAGUGAGUCCCAAUGAACUCCAUUAUGACUCAUUUCUGAGUAAUUAUUCAUAGGACUGGUCUGUAAGUCUGUUUCCUUUCGAGAUGGCUGCGUACCCUUCCACUGCAUUGAUUGUCUUAAAAAGACAAUUUAAUGUGCAUACCAAAUUACACAUUCUCCAGCAGCAAAUGGCCAUCCCUACAAAUUGUGAUCACUAUAUCUUUUCUACAAACGACUCCCCACCCCCACUUUAAAGUUAUAUGCAGGAGGGGGAUGAGACCGAGAAGCCUUGGGACUUCUGCUGUGUUGCCAUUCCGCACUUUAAAUCCUGCCCCCCAGCCCCCACUCACCUAUCAGGGUUAAUGGGCAAUUUGCUUUCAUAACAUUUUCUUCAUCCUUUGUGAUUGCUUUCCUUUGUUUGCUUUAGUUUGGCUGGUUUGCUAGAGCAGAUCUUCAUGUUCAGCAGAAUCAUGUGAUAUCGCUCUCCUGGACUGUACCAUUUCAGAAUGCAGUGGGUGGGUGUAGGAGGGUGUUUACAUGUGCUUGUAAAUAACCACUCAUUGACACACCUAGGUUGAGUAAAAAUUACCCCCUGACAAGAAGGCAAGACAUUUUGUAAUAAUGGCUAUGCAUAGGGUUCUUAGUUUUUUCAGGCUGUAGAUGACUUACAUUCACAUGCCUGGUCAUGUGGGCUAGUUUUUAGAUGAAUGUGUAACUUUUGGGGACUUGUUUACAAGCUUGGAUUUGCAUAUUUGAAUAAUUUCCCAUAUCUAAAACCCUGUGCGUGUGCAAAACUAGCAUGUCAGGGAGAAGGCUAGCCUACCAUUUUCCUCUUUGACACGCUUGCUUUCCAUAGGCAGGGAUUUUAUUUUAUUUUUGCAAUGUGAGGGUGUGUUCAGUCAAGUAUUCUGAAGGGGUGUGGUCAAGCCAACCUGCAUUCUGAAGUGGUGCAGUUCCAGGAGAGCUGUAUCAUCACAUGCUUUUGAUAAACAUGUAAUUUGGCUCUAAAUAAAGAGACUGAUAACAUCAUAGCAUCUUUAUCGAACUGUAUCACAGUACAGCUUAGAAAUACUGCCACUUUCUUUGUAUGUCCUUCUUUUGCUUUUCUUUGGGGUAUUUCCUUCCCUGCCCAGAUGAAGAAAAAUAAUUUUUCUGUGAAAAAUUAUGACAGCAACCCAAACGUUGCUUUCACAUCUAGGAUUAAUUUUAGUAGAAUUGUUUUACUUUCUUUCCUUCUCUUUGGUCUUUCCAGAGAAAGCAUUUGAAAUCUACAUGGCAAUAGAAAUAUGUUUCUCUUUUCAAAAUGCUUGGGUUUUUAAUUUAUUAAGAAAAACUUUGGUUGCUGAAUGUGCAAUAUGACUGUGUUGCCAAGAAAAGAAAAGAAAAUGAUUGCAUUUUAGCAGUGAAUGAUUUCCAUGCUUUUCAGUUGCAAAAACAUGAAACAAAGAAUGUGUUUUAAAAAUAAAAAUAAAAACUAUUCCAGGACAUGGGGAAAAUAAAAAUUAAAAUGUGACCCUUUAUUAUAAAGAAAUUGGAAAAUUGCUAAAUGUCAUUUAUAUUUUCCAUAUACAGAAUGCUACCAGCUCUCAUGUUUUCUUUUAAAACCCAAAAUGUUGAUGCCAUUUUUCAAUUUUUUUAAGUUUCUGACCCUUUUCUCCAAAAUUUAAAAAUAUGUUAAUGUCUCAAGCAAGAUUUUAAGAAUCAUGAAAUGUGUUAAAUAGUUUUUUUCUGACAUUUUCAGAAAAAUAAAUGAACUGAUAGAAAUGCUUUAAUACAAAUAUUUUGAAUUUGCAACAUGUUAAUCUUUCCAUUUUCAGUGUGCAAGAGACCAAGACAUUUUGCUUAAACUUGCAGACAACAACAACAACAAAAAACUUCACAUAUGCGGAGGGUUGUUGUUGUUUUAAUUUGAAGAACAUUAAUAGGUUUCAAACAAGCUUCUACUAGUUAAACAAAAAAAAAGUCUGCUUCGUUUUGGGUUUUUUAUUCAAACCAGAUGGAGACAUUACAUAGAAAAUCCCAGGAGUUCAGGAAGAGUGUUGUUGAAGACCAGCUUUAUGGGGACCAGGGAGAAGACCCUUGGGCAUCCACAGGGGGGAGUAUGAUUUGUGCCACUCAUUAUGUCCAGCUCAACAAAGAAUAUGGAGUUAAAGGUGUCUUGAGAAAGCAUGAACAUCUUUUCUGUAUAUACCAGUGUUUUACUGGGUAUUUGCUUAUGGUUGCCUGCAAGGCUUCUUACGGUCCAGGGCUUGCCAUGGUAUAGCAACAGAAACUAUUUUCAGGACCAGGUUUUAGUUGAACUUAAAAGCAGAUUUAGUCUAGACAUUAGGAAAAAAUUCCUAGCCGUAAUGGCUAUUGGAUAGUGGAACAGCCUGCCUCAUGCUGUGGUAGGCUCUCCUUCGAUGGAGGUUUUCAAGUUCUGGCUGGACUGUCUGUCAAGGACUCUGUAGCAGUUUCCUUCACUGAGUAGGGGGUUCUACUAGGAGAUUGCCAGGGUUCUUUCCAUCUUUACAGUUCUGUGAUUCUAUAACUAUGUCAACACAAGCAAGCAGGAGAGUCACAAUCUAUGGGCCUGAGUAAUGCUUCAUGUGAAAAACACCAGACCUUAUUCAGAGGCUCUAGGCCCUAAUUAGAAGCAUGGGGGCUUGUGGGGAUUAAUUGAGAAGAGAAGCACAUCCUGCAUAUACUCAGAGGCACUCUUUACUCCAACCAGCACUUUCAACAGAAAAGCAAGCUACUCUCUGCUAGGUUGUUAUAGAAGAAUAAUAAUCCAAGGCAAAAUUUUACAAAGGCUCCAAAUCCAAAUGUGAGCAAACUCAAUUUGAAUCCUUGUGUGUAUGUAUUAAUCUUUUUUUUAACACUUAGAGGCCUGGUUUUAUACAUGCAGCAGAAUUAGAUGGUAGAAACCUGAGAUGGUAGAAUGGAUGGUGCCAUUUCAGUCGGUCAGUGUGAAGGGAGAUGCUGUUUUCUACUAUUUUCUCACAUAAAAAACCCCCCACAACUAAAAAGAACCAGGGAGAAAGUUACUAACCCACCCUGCUGUGCUAUUUUCCUACUUGCAGAGAGGUUGUGUAUGUGUGUGUGUUUAACACAGGAGCAUUCAUAAGUGGUUUCACUCACCUGUAGUCUGAAAUGGCACAUCCCAGUCUACCACCUCAGAAUUCUAUUGCCUUGGCCAUUCCCUUUGCAUUCCGCUGCACGUGUAGACCUAAACCUAAGCAUGGUGUCAGCUGUUGAGCAUAGAUAAAGUUGUCAGCAUGUCGGUGUGGGGUGCUUCUAGGUUUGUGUGCGCAUUGGCCCAAAGAUAGAUUCAGCAGAAGGGCAUCUGUGAAUCUGUCCAUGAGUAUUUUAAUCUUUUAAUAAGCUUUGUGUAGGUUCCUUUAUCCAUUAACGCUUUAUGUUGUGGUUCAGUACUUCUGAGUACAUAAUGUGCAAUUUCUAACCGUUGCACAGCCAGAGUAUCCAAGAGCUGGUCACUGACGUGCAGCAAAAUGUGGGGGGUUGGAGGACACGAAACAGAGAACUUCCACACCAAGGUAAAGUUGUGCAAAUGCAGUUGCACACUGCCCGUUAUUUCCAAUGGGAACUACGUUGCACAACUGUGUUUAUGUGGUUUUAAGUUGGAAUAGAACGGCUGUACUCCACAACAGCCCCAACGGGUUACACACAUGUAGCCACAUGAGCAGUGCUCCGGCUUCUCGCAUUUCGCUGCACUGAAUGUGAGCUGGUAUGUUUUGUUUCCACUGUUUGGUCAUAAGCAGAGACUGCCCCAGUCAUCUUGGCAUUCAGGACAGAAAAUCCAAGUGGUAACUCCCAUAGUUGUUUAAAAAAAAAAAGAUAAUAUAAAAAUUGACAAUUUGCUGACUUUAAUGGCGCUUCAGAAUGUACAGCCUGAAUGAUCAUAGGAAGAAGCAUCCCUUACGGGGUUGAAGUGUAAAGUUCACUAAGAAUGAUCAUCUUUUAAUGUAAGGAUGCUUUAGAAAGGAAGUUGUCUUCCAAAUCCCUUCGUGCGGCUGACUGGGCCAGUCCUUCCAUUUUACUGGACAGAUCAAGUUUGCAGAGUAGUAAACCACAGUAAGAAACAGAAGCCAUUCUGCUAAAAGAUGCCUUGAAUAGUACCCAGAUCAUACCAUAUGGACAAGCUCUGUGUUUGUAUGUCUGUGUCUGCUACAAGACAACCUCUCUGUACCUUUGCUAAGCUGGAUACCUGCCUCUAGGUGUAUCCUCAAGAUGAGGGAUGGGAAGGAAUGUAUCCUAAUUCAUUCUGAAAAUAAGGCAAUAGAGUGCUCCAUUAUCUCGCAGGUGUUAGGACUGAUCAGAGGCCUUGGAAAGGGUAGGGGGAGAACAGACAGCAGAUGCUCGAGAGAAGCCUCCUGACCACGGAGCUAGCUUCUGACACUCAGAUAUUGUUUUUCAGCAGUGCUUCUCCCUGAUAGUAUAUGAAAUUGGGAGGAAGGGUGGAAGGUGGAGGAAAGACGGGUGAUUUUAGACUCAGGAAAAGUUGGGUGUGGGUGGGGUGGUGGUGGUGGUGGUGAUGGAAGUGUGAUGUUGCCCCCCACUGGUGGGGGCAAGGCUUGUCGGGAGGGAGGGCAAGGCUGUUCAUGUUUGGCAGAGAAUGGUGCCAAAAUGUGGGGCCGAGGGGUGGGCUCAGGGGCGGUGGGGGAGGGACACAGAGCUAUUUUUUCAAGCAGAUGUAAUAUAAUAAUUAUAAGAAUAAAAUUUAGAAAGUGAUGCUAUUUUUUCAUAAAUUCCUCUUCCCCCCUCCAGUUGCCACAGCAACAUUUUAAGAAGUCCUGUAAUGGAGGCAUAAGGAUUUCCCACGGGGCAUGUCGAGGGAGAGAAGACCAUUAGAUGCAGGGGGUGAAGAAAAUGUGGUCUUAUUUUGCCUAUAUAUAGAGAGAGAUAUAUAUGACCACGUAUAUAUGAGAAAGAUUUCUUUGUGGUUUUCAAAGUGUUUUUCUCCCAAAUAUGAGUGAUUAUUUUCUGCUCACACUGAGCAAAACAAAGAGUAAAUAAUUUCAAUUGCUCAAGAGAAAAAACUAAUUUUUAUAAAUAUUUUUAUUCACCAAACAGUGAAAAUCUUGAUUUUCAUUCCCUGAAAAUUUGCAGUAUGGUUUUAAAAAUCUUUAUCUAUGCCCAGGCCCAAAACAGAAACUUUAAUACAGAAUAUUAUAUUUUAAUGCCUUGAACUUUGAAAUUAUUUUUUACUUCUGUCUUAAAUGUAGGUGACCAAAAUAACCCAAGCUAUUAACAAAACAAAUCAAAUCGCAAACAUUCACUUUGCAGGAAUUUCAAGGUUUUAAAAAUGCUUUGGGUGAACUUUGCAAUUAAAACAAACUUUUCUUUGAUUAUUCCAAAAAGAAAUCAGAUGAGAGAACUUCAAAUGGUUUGAGAGGGAAUAGUGGAGGUGAGGGAGAUUAAAUAUUUCCCUUUACUUGCACAUACAUUCAAAUGCCAGGGUCUUUGUUCUACCUGAUACCCCGUGGUAUUUCCUUCCUUCACAUGCAAUUCAUGUGCCAAAAUGUUUUGAAUUUUCAAAUGUUGAAUUGUUAAGUGUUGGGGGGGCAUUUGGGGGGGCUGGAGCGUCAAUGGGGACAACAUUCAAGCUUGUAUUAAUGUACAGUAUUGGACUCCCUAUGUCUUCUCUAUAAUUUUUUAAUUUCUUUCUUCCCCUGCACCCCUCUCCAUUGUAGAAGUAUAACCAUAUUAGUUUCUUUUAGCAAAAACAAGUGUCUUGUGGUACCUUAAGAACAUGUCUAUCCUAAAAACUCAUGCUGGUUUUAUGCCAAUUAAUUGUCAUAGCCUCCCCGAAAGAAUUGUGGGAAUUUUAGUUUGACAAGGGAGCUUCUGUUGAGAGAUCUCCUCCUGCACAGAACUAAAUUCCCUGGGGAAAGGGAAAGACCACUAAACUAGUUAAGUCUCUUUAAAUGUAAGGCCUAAUAAAUGUAUUUUGGCAGGAGCUUUCUAGGCUUUUCCCAAGAAAGCUUGUGCCACAAUGGCAGUAGUAGUUGUUAAGGUGCCACAGGGUUGUUUUCUUAGCUCACAGCACCCAACACACUCAUCCCUUAACCUUCCUUUUGACAGGAACUUAUUUUAGAAGAUGCAAACAUUGCUUGCAUUCAUUCCAUUUACACCCAAACCAAUCUGGAUUCCAAAGGUGUGAGCAAAACAUUUUCGAUUCCCCACCGCUUGCCAUCCCCAGCUUACCUUUCAAGAGAUCUGAAGAUGAAAAGGGAAGUCAAGAAUGUGGGCUCUAAAAAAUUGGGGAAUUGAUGUAUACGAGACCUAGAGUCACCCUAAUCCUGCCAAGGAUACUGCGCACAGGAGAGCAGCAGGCUAGCUGAACAGGGAACUGCACAUACAACUCAAUGUUCCACAUGCAGUUCCUCUCUGAAUUAGCAUUCAGGGCAGUGUGGGCAGAGUCCUUUUUAAACAAGCAAGUAUCCCAGUGAUUGGCUAUUCAGGAGAGGAAACAAAAGGAGGGAUUGGUUUUAGUCUCUCCCACUACCUGUUCCCGCUAAGGUGAUUGGCAAGCUUCACUUUUUUCAAAAGGGCUCUGCGUGUGCAACCUCAAGCUGCUCUGCACAUGCUCCCUUGGAUUAGAGCAACUUCCGGCAAAACACACUGAGAGUGUUGCCACCUUGUGUGUGCACACAAAUGGAGUAUAAAUGCACAUUGACAGGGUGCAUGAUUCCACUGACACAUGCCCAUGCACACAUGGGUAGCACAUGCACACAUAAUAAAGGAGUGCAGCUGCACAUUUGUACAAAGAAUAUCUUUCACACACAAACACUUCUAGGAACCCAUGUGGGAGAAUAUCCCAUAUUUUAAAGAGGCAACAUGCACACAGAGCAAUGAGCCUACAUCAAUGGGUAAUAUGCUUCCACAUGACCAUAUAUCUGACUGCAGACACACAUCACAGAAGUGAUAUGUAUACACACCAUCAGGAAACACAAGUGAGCAUACAUACCAGGUCUUAUCAAGACUAACAGAAUAUCUAUUAUAAAUCAAACUAAACCAAUGUAGCUGUCAUAGUUUCAUCCAAGGAAUGUUGGGAUUAGCAAUUUUGUGAGGCAUUUGAGUGUUUGUAGUUUGACUUUCCCAGUAAGGUUGCCAACUUUUUAACCAACCCCUGCAACUCUGCCUUGUAACAGCAGCUUGAUCUGCAGCAGGUAGCAAGUCAUCACAUUCAUCAGCUGGUUCCUGCUGAUCAAGCCACUGUUAAAGGCACAGUUAUAGAGGCAACCCUUUUUCCCAGCUGCCCUUCAAGCACUUUAAUUCCUAAAGCUUCUCAAUGGGAAAGAUAGGUUACAUUUGUAGUGGAAAUAUAUCCUCAAGAAAUGUCUGCUUGACAUGCAUAAACUGGUUUCUCCAUGCAUAAACUGGUUUCUGGGUUCUUGUUAAAGAACCCUGAGAAAUUUAGUUCUAGGAUGCUACAGUUCUAUAUCAGCACCCUCCUAAAACUUCAGUUCCCAGAGAUCCUUGGAAGAACUGUUGCUAUUAACUUUGUUUUGGUUUGUAGGGUAGAUAUAUCCCUAGAUACAUUUGAAAACAGUGUGCAUUCAUGCCUGGGUAACAAACAUUGCUCCACAUUGCUCAGUAUACACAUAUCAGGAUCUACACAAAGGUGUAGCACAUGCAUAUACGCACAAACAGAUACAUCUAUGCAAAACAUGGGCUGGUAGUUCUCACACUCGCCCACAUACUUCUGACCUAUACUUUCGGGGUACUGUCCACAUAUAAGCAUAUGUAGGUUUUAUACUAGUUCUAUUCAUGGCCACCGUUAUAGAAUCCUGGGAAUUUUAGUUUGGUGAGGGUGCUGAUUAUUAUUUGUUAAAGAUCUCUAACCGCUCACACAACUACAGUUCCCAGAAUUCCCUGGGCAAAGGGAAUGGUUAUUAAAUCAGUUUUGGAGUUAGAUGUGCCCAUACAUCAUACAUAUAUGAACAAGGUGUGUGUCUCUGUGUGUGUAUUAGAUAGAUAGAUAGAUAGAUAGAUAGAUACACACAUACGAACACCCUAUUUACCUCAAUGCAAAACUAGGUUCCCCCCAAGUUCAUUAAUAUUAGAAAUGGAGGGGGGGGCAUCUUAAAUUCUUCCUUUCAGGCAAAUACAGUAUAACCUUUUUUUAAAAAGGGGGCUGUCUUAAAUUCAGAGUUGUCUUUGAUUCUGGAAAAUACAGUAUAUAUGUGCAGCCACAAUGAGAGAGCAGUAGGAGCCUAUGCAUGCAAACUGUACAGUUGUAUACACACACACACACGAAAUGUGAACACACACGCAUUACUGCAUUAAUUCUCCAUCUUGCAACUCUUUGUGGUGUGCCAUAGGCUCCUUCAGGUGCCGGGCUAUGUGGACAGGAAGGCAUUUUGAAGUGCAUAUUCAGGGAGGCUGUUGCCCCUCUUUUGGAGACAUUGAUGCUGCUCCCUCUUCUCCCACCCUCCUUUGUACGCACGUUCUCCCAGCAGAAUAGCUACCCCCAGGUCAAGUUCAUACAGAAAGCAAUAAAUCAGCCCUGGCUGCAGGCCUGUCUCAGUAAGGGAGAUGUUCCCGGUACACAGCAAUGCACUCAUACUCUGCCUCAUGCUGGCAGGACAGCAUGAGGCACUGACCAUGUCACCCUCCAACAGAAGCCAGCCACUCUUACAUAUCCUUUUUCAUCCUUAUCAACCAGUGCCCUCCCUUGCCUCCUUCCCUUUCAGUUUCCACUCAGUUAUUCAUUGUCCAAGCGUUCCAGCCAUAAUGGUGUCGUCCAUCCAUGCCUGCUUUCUUUCCCUGUUUUCCCACUCAUCCAUUCCCACUCACACACUUCCAUCCACCAUCCCAACUGAUCAUUCAUUCCCACCCUCCUGUCUAUCCAUCUAGUUUCCUACAGAUCAUCCUUCUGUCCACCCAAGCAAAUCCACCUCCAGCACCAAAUUCAAUAAGAAUGUACUUCAUUAACAAUGAUAAGGGAUACCUUUAUCAACAAGAUGUGCAGAAAGGACAGCUCCCUAAAGUUCUGGCCAUCCCCAUAUUCUGCACACUCCAUGGGCCCUUCAACUUCUCCAAUUCCACCAUCCUGUGAGGCCAUAACCAACACAUUCUCUAUGGCUGGUUUAUCCAUCCACCUAUCUGUGGUCUCCAUAUCUAUCUAUCUAUCUAUCUAUCUAUCUGUGGCUUUCAUGGUCCCAAUAAACAAAUAUCCAUCAGUGUUCCCAGUAUAACUUUCCAUCCACUCGCCCUAUCCAUAGCUCCACCAUAGCUACCUAUCCAUAGCUCCAAUAUACAGCCAUUUCAUUCCCAAUCCCAAUGUACAACCAUCUAUCACCAGUCUUGUAACUACAGUUUAUGACCAUCCAUUCAUGGUUUCUUUUCCUGCAAACUAUCUGUCAGUUAUCAUAACACACCAUAUGUCUAUUCACCAUCUACCCAGGUCCUUCACCUCUCUAACCCUCCUUCAUAUACUUCCCUCCCUCCCCACCCCACCUCUCUCUCUCUCUCUCACACACACACACACA